UGUUGUGAUGUAUGACCUAAAGGCUGCCUGCCAACUCUCAACUGCUCUCAACUCUCCACAAAACUUGCCUAUCAUCAGUGAAUGUCAUCCAUUGAUUUGUUGUAAUUCUUCUGGCCUGCCCAAAACAUGGUCGCAGCCUAAACCAUGGAAAGUUCUGCAUUGGCUCUAUCUCCCUUGUCUACACAAUUUCAGAGGUCUCCUCACCUCUUCAAAAAGCAAUCUUGUAGAUUUAAUAUAGGAUGUUUGAAGCAGGAAGCUUUUCAGAAAUCAUCAAUUCACAGUUCUCCAGACAGGAGAAGUGUUGUUUGCUUGCGUUUAUUCUCAAGUUUCAAUGGCAACAAAAAACCACAUGCUUUUCUACACUUGAAGGCCGCCGCCGCAGUUCCGGAAAAUGCGGAAGGGUUUAAAGCAGAAAAGCCGGCGAGUGAAAUUAUUAAGACUCUCCAGCUGGGCGCCAUGUUUGCAAUCUGGUAUCUCUUGAACAUCUACUACAACAUUCUCAACAAACAGGUUUUGAAGGCGUACCCAUUCCCAGCAACCAUUACAGCUUUCCAAUUUGGGUGUGGGACACUGCUGGUGUUCCUCAUGUGGGCUUUCAAUCUCCACCCUAAGCCAAAUAUCCGUAGAUCUCAGUUUGCAGCAAUCUUUUCACUGGCAGCUUUGCAUACAGUGGGCAACCUACUAACAAACAUAAGUCUUGGUAGAGUUGCAGUCUCCUUCACCCACACAAUUAAGGCAAUGGAACCUUUCUUUACUGUGCUUCUCUCUGCUGCACUUCUUGGUCAGUGGCCAUCUCUGUGGGUGGUAUUGUCCCUAGUUCCCAUUGUUGGUGGAGUGGCCUUGGCAUCAUUCUCUGAGGCUUCUUUUAACUGGAUAGGCUUUAGCAGCGCAAUGGCGUCUAAUCUCACUAAUCAAUCUCGUAACGUGUUUAGCAAAACCUUCAUGGAUAAGGACGAGGAAGCUCUUGACAAUAUAAAUCUCUUCUCUGUCAUAACCAUCAUUUCAUUCAUCUUUUUGACAAGCUUUGCAAUUUUGAUGGAAGGUGCCAGAUUCACUUCAUCCAAUCUACAAUAUGCUGCAAGCCAAGGAUUCAGUGCUAGGGACUUGUGGGUGAGAUCCCUCUUAGCUGGUUUCUGCUUCCACUCUUACCAACAAGUUUCAUACAUGAUACUACAUAUGGUUUCCCCAGUGAGCCAUGCAGUGGGAAAUUGUGUGAAGAGAGUGGUGGUCAUUGUAUCAUCAGUCAUAUUCUUCCAGACUCCUGUUUCACCAAUAAACUCUCUGGGAACAACCAUUGCUCUUGCUGGAGUAUUCCUUUAUUCAAGAGUGAAGAGACUAAAGCCAAAAGUCGCGUGAUACUCAUGUCAAUCAGUUGGGUUAUAAUUAACCCGUCGUCUAGUGGUAAAGUUAUUGUAAUUCUAAUUCUAGAGACUGUAGAUUGAAAAAAUUUUGUGUAGGGCUUAUAGUUCAUGUUACUAUUUUUGUUCUAUGAUUGAACUCAAUUAUUGGUAUCGAAAUACUGUGAUUUUGUUAAAGUUUUUGUUUGCUAAA